CUAAUUCAUUCAGGGUGGGGUUCGGACAGGUGUGGAAAGGACCGCGGUUUAUAAGUUGUUGCGUUUGAGAGAGAGAGACAUAUUGGUUUAUUUUACGCGCUGCAGAGAAAAAGGGAAACCUAACCAGAACAACUGGUUGUAUUAUUAGAACACUACUAAAGAGGGAAGCGUUCCUCGAAAAAGUUUCUGAGCGAUUUACCUGAUAACAGGUGGGGACCGACAACACGAAGCUUCUGGGAAACAAAACAAAGAGGGGGGGGCUCCUUGCAGGAAAACAACUUAUUUUGUUAGAAGGACUUGGUUUAACAAAAAAAAAAGCGCCUAUUUCUCUUUUUUUGUUGUUUUUUUUCCGCGCUUCGUUCAAGAUGGCUAACUCGGGUUUGCAGAUUUUAGGGUUUUUCCUGGCGGUCAUCGGCUGGAUCGGACUCAUCGUGGGCACGAUUAUGCCUCAGUGGAAAAUGUCGGCUUACGUCGGGGACAAUAUUGUAACCGCCGUCGCCAUGUACCAGGGGCUGUGGAUGUCGUGUGCUUUCCAGAGCACCGGGCAGAUGCAAUGCAAAGUGUACGACUCCAUUCUUCAGCUGGACUCGGCGCUCCAGGCCACACGAGCCCUCAUGAUCGUCGGCAUCAUCCUCUCCGUGAUGGGCAUGGGCAUCAGCACCAUGGGCAUGAAAUGCACCAACUGCGGAGGAGACGACAAGGUGCGCAAGGCUCGCAUCGCCAUGGUCGGGGGGAUCGUCUUCCUCAUCGGGGGGCUGGCUGCGUUGAUUGCAUGCGCCUGGUUUGCAAACCGGAUAAUUCGGGAUUUCUACAACCCCUUCACUCCCGUCAACACCAAGUACGAGUUUGGCUCUGCUAUCUUCAUUGCCUGGGCUGGAUCCUUCCUGGUCAUCCUGGGCGGUGCCAUGCUGGCCUGCUCCUGCCCCCGAAGGACCGGAGGAGCGCGCAAGUACCCCAGAGCCAAGUCCGGGCCCCCCAGCACCACCAAGGAGUACGUGUGAGUGCUCUCUAGGGGUGCAGCACUGGUACAGCGGGAGGAAGUGCCCAGCAGGGGGUGCUAUCGCAAACCGCAACACCAUUAUUUUGUAGCUC